AUGAAUUUCAGCUGCUUUCUUUAUUUUUCCAGCCUUUUUAUCCUCUCUUUGCACGCCUCCCCGGCCGUGUCGCAGAAGGCUCCAAAGAAGAAAGCCUUGGGCGCCAACGGACUGUUGAAGGCGCCCGGCUGCUGCCAAGAAGUCAAAGACCUGAAGGUGCAGAUCGCCAACCUCACCAGCCUCCUCGCCGAGCUCGCCAAGAAGCAGGAGAGCGACUGGGUGAACGUGGUCAUGCAGGUCAUGAAGCUGGAGAGCAGCUACAAGCAGAUGGAGACGCGUGUGACCGACGCCGAGGGGAAAUAUUCCGAGAUGAACAACCAACUGGAUAUCAUGCAACUCCAGGCUGCACAAACCUUGACGCAAACCUCCGCAGAUGCCGUAUACGAUUGCUCGUCGCUCUACCAGAAGAACUACCGGAUAUCCGGCGUCUAUAAGUUACCUGCGGAUGAUUUCUUGGGAAGCCCAGAGAUUGAGGUCUACUGUGACAUGGAGACGCAGGGAGGCGGCUGGACGCUGAUCCAGAGGCGGAAGGUCGGGCUGACCUCUUUUAACAGGGACUGGAAGCAAUAUCGCGAGGGGUUCGGCAACAUUCGAGGAGACUUCUGGUUGGGAAACGAUCACAUAUAUCGUCUAACUAGGAGGCCAACUAUCCUGAGGAUAGAGUUGGAGGAUUGGGAAGGACGCGUCCGCUAUGCAGAAUACUCUGACUUCUCUAUCAGUAACGCACAGAAUAGCUUCCGACUUUUCCUGGGCAACUACAGCGGCAACGCCGGCCGCGACUCCCUGCGCUACCACAACAACACGGCGUUCAGCACCAAAGACAAGGACAACGACAAAUGCCUGGACGACUGCGCUGGGCUCCGCAAAGGGGGAUACUGGUACAACUGCUGCACCGACUCCAACCUCAACGGCGUCUUCUACCGCAACGGAGACCACAACAAGCAUUCGGACGGCAUUAGCUGGUAUGGGUGGCACGGGUCUACUUACUCUUUGAAGAGGGUGGAAAUGAAGAUCCGUUCCCAGGACUUCCAGCCCUGAGGGACGUCGUCGGAGUCUAAUGUGUCAAGCAGCAAAUGACCUCAACGCAAGCAGCGCCGCCUUCCCCCAUCCCCGGCGCGUCUUCCUCCCUCGUAGAGCCCACCUGCGCAGUGUAUGUUUAUGAGCUAGCCUGAUGCCGAGAAGCCGCGAUAUCAGUAAUGGACGCUGGUCCAGCGAUGGACUCAUUAGGGACUCGAUGCCCGGCGGCUCGACGCGCUCCUCCCCUCUUGCAAUAACUAUAUAAUAUUACACGUGUGCUGCAUUAAGGUUUUGGACAUUAGAUCCAGCGUCUCUUAAUGACAGUCACAAAAGCUUAACUGCUCUACGCCGAGGUCCGAGUGAACUAAUUACUGAACUAACACGGUUAGCGGGGCUGCAGACCCCCCAAAACGUACAAAGUUAUUUAUAUAAAAGAAGGGAAAUUGUUUCCCGGGACAGUUACUUAGAGCUGCGUAUGUUCAGAAACACUGACCGCAGGGUAACUAAAGUAUUCCACGGGCCUGCCGUGCCAUUUAAAGAGUUUGUACAGAAAAUAUUCCCCUGGAUGUGAUUGCUUUAGGGUACUGUAAAUUCUAUUUUUUAUUUGCUUCAGAAAACUGGAAAUUUAAAAAAUAAACCUUUUUUUUUUAAUAUAAUAA